UCUACCAUCCGUUCCUCAUGUCUGGUGGGAUGUGCAAUUACACAAGAUCAUUCUGACUCUCUUGUUCAAGCAGCUGCUAUUUCCUGUCUCCAGCAACUUCACAUGUUUGCGCCACGACAUGUUAACCUUUCCAGUCUUGUUCCCAGUCUUUGUGUUCACCUAUGCAGCUCCCACCUGCUUCUACGUAGGGCAGCAGUAGCAUGUCUGAGGCAGCUUGCUCAAAGAGAAGCAGCAGAAGUAUGUGAAUAUGCCAUGAGCUUAGCAAAAAAUACUGGAGAGAAAGAAAGUAAUGGUACAAGACUUGGCUCACGAAGAGAUAGUCAUGGCAGACAUCAAGGUAUUAAUAUAACAGAGACGGGACUUGAAGGAGUUCUUUUUGGAAUGUUAGAUCGUGAGACUGAUCGGAAGUUGUGUUCUGAUAUUCAUGAUACCUUGGGCCAUAUGCUUUCAUCACUGGCAGUGGAGAAGCUCUCUCACUGGCUAAUGCUAUGCAAGGAUGUCCUCGCAGCAUCCAGUGACAUGACAACUACAGCUCCGUUAGGAGUUGAAAAAGAUGAAGAUUUGGAGAAGAAAGAUGAAAUGGAUGAUGAUACAAUGUUUACUACACUGGGUGAAGAAGACAAAUCAAAGCCUUCUGUGGCUCCUCGCUGGGCUACUCGAGUAUUUGCUGCAGAUUGUCUGUGUCGAAUUAUCAUGCUCUGUGAACAUGCAAACAAAGCCCACUUUGAUCUAGCUCUAGCCCGCUCUGCCAAACUUAGAGACCCUAAAAAUGACCUUCUAGUGCUUCAUCUCUCGGAUCUUAUUCGCAUGGCAUUUAUGGCUGCGACUGACCACAGCAACCAGUUGCGAAUGGCUGGUCUCCAAACACUUGAAGAUAUUAUCAAGAAAUUUGCAGCAGUUCCUGAACCAGAAUUUCCAGGCCACGUGAUUCUAGAACAGUAUCAGGCUAAUGUUGGAGCUGCUUUAAGGCCAGCUUUCUCACAGGAUACCCCUUCAGAUAUAACUGCAAAAGCUUGCCAGGUGUGCAGCACUUGGAUUGGAAGUGGAGUAGUAAGUGACCUUAAUGACCUUCGGCGUGUUCACAACCUCCUUGUCUCUUCUUUGGAUAAAGUACAAACAGGAAAAGGGUCUUCCAGCCAGCUUUAUAGGGAGAGUGCUACUACUAUGGAAAAACUGGCAGUACUCAAGGCCUGGGCAGAGGUAUAUGUUGUGGCUAUGAAGAUUAAAAAAGAAGCAGAGAUCAAACCAAAGAAAGCAGUAAAAAAUGGAGGAGAUGAGGAUGACGAUGAUUAUGGCACAGUAGAUGAGCUGCCACCAGACAGUUUAAUAAUACUUGUUCAACCAGAGUUGCCCACUCUUAGCCGUCUCUGGUUAGCUGCCCUUAAAGACUAUGCCCUUUUGACAUUACCAGCUGAAUUUGCAAGUCAGCUUCCUCCAGACGGUGGAGCGUUUUACACUCCUGAGACAAUUGAUACAGCUAGACUGCAUUAUCGAAAUUCAUGGACCCCAAUUCUACAUGCAAUUGCACUAUGGCUAAACAGUACAGGAUUUAAUGCCUGUGAAGCAACAGAAGAUGCAUCAGCAGCAACACCUCCACAAAAGCAUGCCAUGUCUAUAAUGUUAAAUCCAGCAUCAGAAACGCCAUCUUCCGCCAAAACUUUGCAAGAAAUAAAUAAAGAUAGAAUGCACUUGAUUUUAGGUGUUAGCAUACAGUUUCUCUGUUCUCCUCGACCAGAAGAGCCUGUUGAACAUGUUAUGUCCUGUUUGCAAGCACUGCACACUUUACUAGAUUCAUCUUGUGCUAGAACCCAUAUUGCAGAAGAUCAGCUACUUGGUGUUGAACUUCUGAGCGUGCUGCAUCGACUCUUGUUGACCUGCAACCCUCCUUCAGUCCAACUCUUAGUUACAGAAGUUGUGCAACAGAUUGUAAGAGCUGCUCAGGAUCAUUUACAAGAAAAAAGAAAUACUUUGAAUGAAGAAGAUGCAAAAGAAAAAGACAGUAGCUGUGGGCUGGGUGAAGGAGGAGACAGCGGUGGUCUUGUGCCAGGAAAAUCUCUUGUAUUUGCUGCUAUGGAACUGCUAAUGUUUAUCCUUGUGCGACACAUGCCACAUCUGAGCACAAAAAUGUCAGAUUCUCCAAGUCAUACACUCAGCAGAACCCAGCUCCCAGAAGAAAGUGCUCGUCUCGUGGCUGCCACUGUUGCCAUCCUGUCUGAUCUACCCACUCUUUGUUCCCCAGCUGGAUCCAUGACUAUAUUGCCCACUAUCCUAUUUCUAAUAAUACAAGUGUUGAAAGAUACUGCUGUAAAAACUGUGGGAAAUCAGGUCCUACCACCAGUCAGUGCAGCACUUCAGGGACUGAAAAACAUAGUAACCCUUCCAAUGACCAUGAAUGAGAAUAUUCAUAAACAGUGGACAAAUCUUAUCCGCAGCACCUUAGCCUCAAUCUUGGAAUACUCUCAGCCAGAAGCCUCCAAGCCUACCUUAGAUGAAGUAAGUAUGCUUACAGCUAUUACACUCUUCCUUUGGUCUGCAAGCCCUGAAAUAAUUGGAGUGCAAGCAUUACAGAAUGGCUGCAUUAACAGAUUUAGAAUAGCACUGAAUUCAUCUGAUCCUUGGGUUCAAGCCAAAUGUUACCAUCUUCUACUUUCUAUAUUUCAACACACAAAUCGUGCCCUUUCUACUCCAUAUAUACAUUCCCUGGCACCAAUAAUGGUUGAGAAACUGAAAAGUGUGGAGAAGAACCGUCCAAACAACAAAACAGAACUCUUAGCAAUCCAGGAAGGAAUUAAAGUUCUUGAAACACUGGUUGCUCUCGGUGAGGAGCAUAAUAGAGUGCAGUUGCUUGCUCUUCUUGUUCCUACUCUCAUAUCUUAUUUACUGAAUGAAAAUGCAUUCUCUUCUGCAUCCCUGGUAUCUAAAGAACUUCACGAGUUUGCCCUCCAAGAUCUAACCCGCAUUGGACCCCUCUAUCCUCAUGCCUUUAAGACAGUAAUGGGAGCAGCUCCUGAACUGAAAGCACGACUGGAAAUUGCAGUACGAGCAAGUCAGGCGAGCAGAGCAAAGGCAGCUGCCAGGCAACCACCACCCACAGUACAUUCCACUCCAACAAUUAAACUUAAAACUAGCUUUUUCUGAUUCUUGUUGGAACAAUCAUAAAAACAGUCAUCAAGAAAUACAUCAUUCCCUCUGUGCUGCUGUAUCUCAUUCUCUGUAUUUCUCAUUGUUUGUCAACAGGCUCUGCAUUAGCAGUUUAUGUUUCUAGGGGGUUGUUGUAUUAUGGUUUGAAAUCUGUGCAUUACAAGGACAGUAGUAUCUAUAUGUACAUAGAUUUUUAUGAAAUGGAGUAAGUUGAUCAUGCAUCUGAGGUUGUGUUAAACUAUCUCCUAUAACAAUGUGUUUUAUGUAGUGUUUGUCUUUCUUUUUAGAAUGUUAAGAGUUCUGGUUAAUUCUAAAACUUGGAUAUAUAUUUUCCACUAGGCACUAUCUGUGGGAACUUGUGAAUUACACUUAUUUUUUAUAUACCAUUUUAAAAAAAGCAAUAGCUGUGAUCACAUUGCAGUCUAUCAAUUGUUACAGUGAAAACAACUUGAGUUGGAAUUCAAAAGUGGUAAACAUACAGUCUUGCACAUUGUUGUGCAGUAUCUUCUACUAGCUCUUAUCCACCUAUAAAUGGAGCACCAGAAUGUAUUCCAUUAGUGCAUCUAGCUAUUAAAGAUCAAGGUCUCCAAAGUCCAGUACCACUUACUAAAACAUUGCUUACAUUUGGAGAAGAGGUGACCAUCCAGUUCUCAUACAAACAUUUUCUCUCAAAGUUAUCAGAAAUAAUUUGUAGGGCAGCUCCAUCAAAUUGUGGCUAAAUCCUUCUCAUCCCUCCUCUUUUGUUAAAUUUUCUAUUAUAACAGAGUGCCAUUCAAUUUCUUUUUGAAUUAUCUUCUUUAUAAAAUAUGGAAAAGGUACUACUUUGUAACAACCCAAUAGGUACUUGUGACUGUAGGCACAAACAAAAUAGACAGCACUGAAUGAUAGAGAAGGUAAUGAUAAAGAAGGCCCGCUUAUUGUGUAGAUACACUUAAACUGUGAAACAUAUUCCUGUGUCUAAAAACAAUUCAGUAAAUAGCAAUAGCUUCAUUAGGGAGCAAGAUCUGUUGCUUCGCUUUCCUCUGAUAUUACAGCAUAGUCUUUAAGUAAAGGACUGUACAUACUCAGUCUGUACCGACACAAUGCCUGUUGUCUGAGCAUUUUGCAAUUUAAUUUGCUCCUGGAUAGAGACAUUUCAUGCCAGGGGUUAAGAAAGUCUGGUUUGCAAAACUCUGUUACAUAAGGUCAGGCCUCUAAGUUAUGAGUUUUUCUGAAGGGCAGGAUUGUUCUCUUAUCACAGAUUGCUAUCUCUUUGCAGAAAUGGUGUUUGAAUUCUCAGAAUGAUUUUCAUGAGAAAAACUGGCUGACCGUGAUUUAACUUUUUUAUGGCAAAAGUCAACUCAAAGCUGAACUCCAUAAAAACAAUUUGUGACCUAAAAUGGAGAGACUAACAGGGCUGAUGAACAAAGAGGGUGUUGGUCAUACUAGCUAGAAUUGAUAGGAAGUGUAGUCCAACAUAUCUAAAGACCAAGAAAUAGGGGAAGGCUGUAGGCCUAGAAUUACAUCUAACAAUGGACACUCCACUCGCCCGCCCCCGUCCCCAAAAUAGAUACAGUUCAGUUCAUAACUUGCCUCAUGUCCUGCUGGAUUGGAAUGGCAUAUAAGCACCAGCAAAUAAAUAAA